AUGGGUGAACCGCUCAAGAAAAGUUAUAUCGCAUGCGGGUGGACACUUGACAAAGAAAAAAGGUGCCAUUAUAUAAGCCACCUUAAACUCUUCUACGGUGCAUCUACACGGGGUGUGUGGUCCAUCGGAUCAGAUCUUAUUCUGAAAGACCGGCCCGACGAGGGUCCCAAAGCAAAAGUUGAAGUCAAAACAUUGAAAUAUUUAGCGACCCAUACCGACAUUCCCAUCCCGAAGGUUUUGCUUGACUGGGUCGAUCGAGAUGAGCGAUACUUCGUUUUGAACGAACGCAUCGUUGGUCAGACGCUCGAGGAGGCAUAG